GAGGGUAGAAAGCAGUGCGGGAGCUUCAGAGGCUCCAGAGGAGAGGAGAGGAGAGGAGAGGAAACUGCAGUCCGCCGGUGAUGCUUAACGCGGCUUCGGCGUCACAUUGAUGGGGAUAAAACCUCCUGCUCAAAUUUAGGCGCUCUCUGAUCGUGCAUUUGCGUGCACUUGCACGCGCCCUCUGUGUGUGUGUGUGUGCACGCGCGUGUGCUUCCGAGACUGGAGACUUAGAGGAAAAAAAAAAUAAUGAUUUAGCUCAGUCUCAGUCUGAUUCAUACCAACACUUGGAGGCGCCGUGCGGUGGACCCUGCUGGACAUUGACAAACUUUUUUUUUUUUUUUUUUUUUAAAUUUAUUGCCGUUGUUGUCAUUUACUUGAGUCGAUCAUUUGGAGCCCACGCUUCGGGACAACAUGGACAACGAGAAGUACAUGCAGGAGCUCGUGGCGGAGAAGGACUCGCUGGACCAGUCCUUUCAGCACUCCCAGCGACUAUUAGAUCAAGAGAUUGAAAGGACUCAAAAAGACGAGGGCAAAGAAGAGGAGAAGUUCAUUGAUGUUGUCAUCAACAAAAACAUGAAACUGGGCCAGAAAGUUUUAAUACCAGUCAAGCAGUUUCCUAAAUUUAACUUUGUCGGCAAACUCCUGGGGCCACGCGGGAACUCGUUAAAGAGACUACAGGAGGACACUCUCACCAAGAUGUCGAUUCUCGGGAAAGGAUCCAUGAGAGACAAAGAAAAGGAAGAAGAGCUACGGCAGAGCGGCGAGGCCAAAUAUCACCACCUGAAUGAAGACCUGCACGUUCUCAUCGAGGUGUUCGCACCUCCCGCCGAGGCCUACGCCAGGAUGGGUCACGCUCUGGAGGAGAUCAAGAAGUUUUUGAUACCAGAUUACAAUGAUGAGAUCAGACAGGCCCAGCUGCAGGAGCUCACGUACUUGAAUGGUGGCUCGGAGGACGCCAAGGUGCCGUCGGUGAGGGGCAAGUCGGUCGCCCGUGCGAGAGGGACACCUGUGCCUGGGCCUCCCAGAAGUCGAGGAGGAGUUCCUUCCCUGCAUGCAGCUGUGCCCCGAGGAGCAGCGCCCAGAGGAACUCCUCUCAGCCGGCCUCCUUCCUCCAGAGGGAGGGGCGUGCAGAGAGCCAGAGGUGCCCCACCAGCUGCCGGAUACCGACCGGCUCCUCCGCCCGUCCAGGACGCCUACGGAGAAUAUGAAUACGAUGAUGGAUACGGGACAGCUUACGACGACCAGGGAUACGAAUCGUACGACAACAACUACAGCAAUCAAGGACAAAACUCGGAGGACUACUACGAAUACGGACACAGUGGAGAAUCAUAUGAAUCCUACGGCCAGGAAGAGUGGGCAAACAAUCGCGGCAAGACGGCAUCGGCACGAACAACCAAGGGAGUGUACAGAGAUCAGCCAUACUCCAGAUAUUGAACUGUUUAUACAGCCUGUCCCUGAACCCUGGUGGCUGUUUUAACCUAAGUAAUGGAUUUUUUUAUGGACCCACCCACCUUUUUAGAAUCCAAAGCAGACCACCGAAAAACGAAAAUAAAUGGCAAUAGCCAGUAAAUAAUUAAAAAAACAAAACAAAAAUCAUAAUUCCCUGUGAUUAUAUAAAAGAAAAGUGAGGUCAUCUGUCCUUGGACUGGACUAGAUUGUGAAGAACGACGUUGUAUCGAGCUAUUCCGAUCUGGCCGAUCGCGUUAAGCUGUUUGAUACGCAAAACUUCUACACAGUUCGACGCCACCGCCCGCUAUUCUUUAUAAACCCUGAACCGCGUGUUUGAUCACUUUAAACUGUAGUAGAGUAGUUCUAGGAAAAGUGCAGUGCAGUAGAUCUUUCUUUCUGAGGGUCAAAUCGGUGACACUUGUAUCCCUUGUAAAUUGAACAUUGACAGAGUGGACGAAGCCCAGCGUCGUCAUACACACUUGUACCCAUGUUGUAUUGCUGUGCCCUCUCUUUUGUAAAGUAAUAGUUCUUCAGUGUUAAAGGGCUUAGAAAAGCAUGGUGUGCCACUGUGGAUAUUGUCGGCUGUUUGAUUCUGGAAAAGGCCUGUGUAGUUGUGUUAAUGAUCGUAUUAAUGCCCCCCCCCC